AUGCGCCGAACGCUCGCGCUGUGCGCGUUAUUCUCGACGAUCAGUGCGUUCGCUCGGGCCGAGCCGAACGCGCUCGAGACGGAGUUCUCAUUCGAUGAAGUGCAAAGAAACGACGACGUGGUCGAAUUGCGAGGCAAGUACGAAAUCCGAAACGCGGACGCGAACGAGGUCGAUCUCGUCGGUCUCGCGCUCAAAUUUCGGUUUCCCGGAACCGUUGACGUGCGAGCCGACGAUGGCUCUGUCACGAAAUCGAAGGCACUCCCGUCGGAUUGGCGCGCGUCUUGUUUCUGGAGCUACGUCGAGGGACGGUACAACGGGACAAACGUCUGUCCUUCCAUCACGUUCGCCGUGACGUCUCAAGAGUUGGAAGUACGGUUCGUGAACUCGAUCAAGUUGUGCCCCGGAUGCGUGUUAAGAGGUGAUGGCUCGCGCACGUCGUUCGCGGUAAAGCACGUCAAAUAUUUGCCCUUCGCACGAGGCGUCGCGCCGCUCGAACUCCGAGGCAUCGAGCAAUUCGUGGACGGACCGCCGACGCCGGCGAGACCCGUCUUUCGAGUUUGCUUCCCCAAAGACGUCGACUUUUCAUUCCGCGUGUCGAGUUAUCCAUCGAGGCAGGAUGACGUCGCGUCGUCUUCACAGAAAACGGCGAUCAUGCCGCUCGGAACGGCGGGCUACGACGCAUUUUUGCGCGUAUUCAUAGACGUGACAAAUCGACAAGCGGAGGAUUACGACAUGUCAAACGUCGUCAUCACGUUCCCGUUCGACUGGUCCAUCGUGCCCGAUGAAAAGCGAGGGAAGGUUCAACAAACACCAGACGAUUUCUUCAUCCGUUGUCACGGCUCUGGCUCGUCUCUGUGCGACGUCACCGAGGUCGAGCGCUCGCGGGACGGAUUCGCCAUUCGUUUCAAGAAUGGUUUCGCGUUAUGUCCGGGAUGUUCCUUGCGCGGAUCCGGUCCGCAACGAUGCGCGUUCGAGGUGUACUCGCCAUUUCUCUUUCCCGUCGACAUCGAAUCCGUCCGCGGCGCCUCCGCGGCGUGCGCCGCGUUGUAA